CCUCUCUAAAACCCCACCCUCUCCUCCCUACUCUUGAACCCUUCUCUUCCUCCCCACACCAUCCAGCUCCAAUUCCCCAUAGCUUCUCCUAGAAUUAGCAUUGCUCUUCUCUUCAUCCAUCUCCAAUUCCCAAAUCCCAGCUCCCUCUGUUCUCCUGCUCUGUUCUUGCUGCCUGCCCUGGUCUGCUGGCUCUGCUUCUCCUAGCUUGACCUCUUCUUGCCUCAGAGGAAUACAGCAGCAGCAGAAGAAUCUUUCCUUUCCCUAUUUUUUUUCUUGGUGUUUGCAUUCAUCGCAGCUCAAGCCGUCCCAGGUGGGCGUCAGGCAGAGACAAGAGAGAGUGUGUGUUUCUAGGUUCCAAGGUUGCUGGUGCAGCUUUGUUUAACACUUUCUUUGCUCUGCUUUAUACCUCUUCUUCUUCUUCCCCCCAAAGGUUGCAAGCCAAAGGUUGCAGUUUCUUGCAACCUUUCUUCCAUCUUUCUCUGUCUCGCAAAGGCAGCAGCAAGUUUCACGAACAAGGAAAGGAAAGGAAACCCCUUAGUUCCCGCGCAAUCUUGUUUUCUCUCCGGGCAGGGGUUUAGGGGGUCAGAGAAGCUUUUCUUGGAUUAAUGGUGGCUGGAUUGACCGGAGAAGAGCCGGAGCGGUGAAGCUGUUUGUUGAAUUGUCGAGGGGCAUUUUGGUGGUCGAAGGAGGAGCGAUGACGUCGUCUUGCAUCCCGACGGGGCUGCGGCUGGACCUGGACAUGGUGAAGGCGGGGGCGGCGCACUCGUCGUCGUCGGCGUCGCCGUCGUCCACGCUGUCGGAGGCUUCGUCUUCGUCGGCGACCUCGGUGUCGCUGAAGCGGGCCCGGGCCCCCAGGAAGCGGCCCAACCAGGCCUACAACGAGGCCGCGGCCCUGCUCGCCUCCAUCCACCCCUCCGUCUUCCCCGUCAAGAAGAGCCCCAAGACCGCCUCCCAACGCUCCUCCUCCGCCCUCGCCUUCGUCUCCGGCUCCGGCGCCGCCGCCUCCGACCUCCUCCCGCCGCUCCCCGUCCUCGCCGACGCCGCCUUCCUCCUCCGCGACUCGCCCCCUCCGCCGCCCCCGCCAGAUGCCAAGCACUGCUCGUCCCCGGCGCCGGUGAGCAGCGCCUUCCGGGAGUUCCGCGACCCGGCACCGUCGCCGGCGAGCCCUGAAGCUGGCGCCGCCGACGAGGAGCCCGGUGAGCUCGACUUCGACGACGACGCCUGCUUCGACGCGGAGUCCAUCCUGCUCGACGCCGACGAGGCCGCGGUGGACGGCAUCGACGGCAUCAUGGGCAGCCUCACCAUGGAGGGCGGCGCCGGCAUUUCCGACGACUCCGUCCUCUCCAGCUCCGGCAUACACCCGUACCUCAGGAGCCUCAUGGUGGUCGGCCUCGCCGGCCGCUUCGAGCUCGGCCUCGGCUCCGGCUCCUCCCGCCACGGCGGCGCGCGGCCCAACCUCAACCGCGCACUCAAGCGCCGCGACGACGACGACGGCGGCGCCGCCUGGUGGAUGUGGCCCGCCGUGCCCGUCAAGGACAUCACCGUCGCGCCACCGCCAACGCCGGCUCCACAACAACAACAACCGGCGGCAGCGACAAUGCCGGAGCCGGCGCCGGAGAAGAAGAAGAGCAAGAAGAAGAAGGUCGUGAAGCUGGAGAAGGUGAUGAUGGCCAAGGAGAAUGAGAAAUGCGAGGAGGAAGCCGCCGAUGGAACAACAGUGGACGGCAAUGGCGAUGACGACUGCACGGCACCGACGAAGGCGCCCAAGACCGGGCUGGGGCUGAAGCUGGACGCUGACGAUGUGCUCAAGGAAUGGUCCGGCAAAGGGUCGAUGUUCGCCGAGGGUGGCGGGCCGGAGUCGACGGAGUCGGCAGCCGAAGUGCGGGCAAAACUUGCAGACAUUGACCUGUUCCCAGAGAAUGGGGCUGCUGGUGGCAUCAGGGAAGCGAGCGUGAUGAGGUACAAGGAGAAGCGGCGCAACCGGCUGUUCUCAAAGAAGAUCCGGUACCAGGUCCGGAAGGUGAACGCCGACUGCCGGCCUCGGAUGAAGGCAAGCACUAGAACUGAUUCUUGAAAGAAUAAAAAGUUCUAAUAAUAUUUGUAAGGGAAGGUUUGUUAGGAGCCCAUCUCUUCUUCAGCAAGCCCUGGAGGAAGAGACCUAAGCUAGAUAGUGAUACUUGCUUAGCCUUUUUUAUGGACACCUUUUUGGCCAUACUAGUUUGCUCUCAUUAGCUAAGAGAUGUGAGUGAGUGGGUGAGAAUUUUUUGUUCCAUCCCUUUUUGGUCUUUCGGAGUUUUGCAAUGCAGAGAGAGAGAGGAUAGAAAUGCCCCUAGGAUGAGGUUCCAUGGGGAUGAGAUGAGAUCAGGUCACAUAGUUUGUCUCAGGUUUACAAUGUGAGGUAAAGGAAAUAAAGUGAUGUUAGAAUAUUUCUUGCAGGCA